AUGCCCACACGAGUGGUUCUCCAUUGAACCCGUGCUUGCGACCACCGGUGUCGACACGUCUGCGCUAUAUAUCAGUCUCAAAGUAAGCACGGGAACACGCACUGAGAGAAGAGAGAGACUCGUGUGGGUCUCUGUUCCACCGAAGGAAGUGUUACUCUCUCUGCAGUCCUUGAGUUGCCAUCUUCAUGAAUACCGAACGACUCCUCGAUCUUUGUACCCCUCAUCUGAGCAUCUUGGGCCUUUGAUCUAUAAAUAAAGGAAAGAAAUGGCUCCCUACGAACUGCAGCACCCAGGUGAAAUGGAGUUGUUCCCUGCAGCACCACCUACCUUUCUUGCAGUUAUGGAGGGGCAUGAGAAUCCUGAGAAUGGAAAGAGCUACAACAAAGGCAAGGAGGAAGAAGGUGGUCAUGGUAUCAUCCAUGAGACGGAACAACAGCACAAGCUAUGCGCCAGGGGCCAUUGGAGACCAGCCGAGGAUGCCAAGCUCAAGGAGCUUGUCUCUCAAUAUGGCCCCCAAAACUGGAACCUGAUUGCUGAGAAACUCGAGGGAAGAUCAGGGAAGAGCUGCCGACUGAGAUGGUUCAACCAGUUGGACCCAAGGAUCAACAGGAAAGCAUUCUCCGAGGAAGAAGAGGAGAGGCUUUUAGCUGCCCACAGGCUUUAUGGGAACAAAUGGGCACAGAUCGCCAGGCUCUUGCAUGGCAGGACAGACAAUGCAGUCAAGAACCAUUGGCAUGUGAUCAUGGCCAGGAAGCAGAGGGAGCAGUCCAAUGCUCGUAGGAGCCGAAACCCACCUGGUCGCUCCCCCAUCUUUUUCCCAUCUCAGGGCCAGGCCCUCCCCAGGUGGAAGGAGGUCAGCACCAGCAACAAUGCAUGCAGUGGUGAAUCGAGCAUCAGUGGCACCAGAGAUGAGUGUGAUUCCACAUGCACGGACCUCUCUCUCAAUUCCCUCACCAGCAGGAUUGCUCCCAGCUUCCUCAACAGACGAAGAAGUAGUCCCUCCCAGCAGCCGCAUUCUUUUGACAUGCUCGAUGGGUCAGAUGAAAAGGUGGUGGCAGCAGCAAGAAAUGCAUCUUAUGAGAAGCUGGGUGACUCCGGUGGUAGCUUUUUCUCUCAUGGCGCUCGACCGGUGGCCUACCACAUGAGCACUGCUUUGGCUCAUGGUCAGAAAAGACAUGGGAGGGAGAAAACUCGGCUGCCCUUUAUAGAUUUCCUAGGUGUUGGAGCAACAUAGCAAAGGGUGUCGGUAUAAGAAGACUGGGCCUACAGAGCAACAACGUUCGGCUGCUGCUGAAGAACGUCGAUCCUUUGUCAUCUACCUAUGCCUCUCGACUUUGUUACUGAACUUAUCCUGUGAGCUUCUGUUGCACACAUCGAAUCAAGUGUCACGAUGCUUCGUCCUUCCGAGUAAGGUCUGGUCACACAGGAACUCAAGUAGUCUUUGGUAGAUCGAAGCACAGUGUCCUUGCUAUGAACUUUAACCAUAUGAUUCAACCUAAGAACAACUUUUUUCGA